CAUGUGAGUGAGAUUUUAUGAAUUAUGCAAAUUUGAGCAGUUGUUCCCCUCUUCGGAUGAGAGGCUAGAUUCAGGAUAGUCGAGGAGUUUUGUUGUUCUUAAUAAAAUAUACAAGUCUUUUUGUUGUUGCUACGGAAUAUAUCAGACGAGAAUGACUCGUUUUGCUUUGCGUGAUUAGAUGGCGGCGCUGCACCUCUGAAUUAGGGUGUUAUAGGCCAGGAAGUUAUGAAAAGCCGGUAGUGUUUAAGUGCAGCAAACAGUUUCGCCGGUCGGGGCUGCUCUUUGUCUGACACAGAGAGUAGUCAACACGUGCUCUUUUGUUUGGGGGUUUCUCUUUGUUUACUGCAAACGGGCGAUCUUUGUUCUCGUUUAGGCCUCCCGAGGUUGAAAUAAUUGGUUUGAAACAUGCACCACAUGAAGAAAUAUUUCACCGAGGGACUCAUUCAGUUUACGAUUCUGCUGAGUUUGAUAGGAGUUCGCGUGGAUGUCGACACCUAUUUGAGCGGCUACUUCUCGCCGUUGAUAGAAACAGACGGAGGGCCGAGCUCGGCUUUCAUACAGACCCCGUUUCAUCACUACCGGGACACCGCGGCGGGCCAUCAAGUGCAUCCGAAAUGCCCAGAGCUGGACUAUUUUUUCACCAGCCGCAGGCUCUUGAAUGAAGUGCGUGCGCUCGGGUCCCCGGCCCGCUUCCCCACGCGUGUCAGCGCAUGGCUGGUGCACCUGGUGCCUGAUGAUGGCUCUGAUGCAGGUGAGCCUCACGACCUGUCGGGGGGCCCUGGUGACGAGGAGAUAAAUACCGAAAAUCACCGGGAAGAGGAUGAGCACAGGGCUGGAGAGGGCUUCGGUCUGUCAGUUUCUCAGGACCUCACUGCUUCCAGGCCUUGCUGUGCAGCUGGAGAACUUUCCAAAGAGGUAACAAUACAGUGCUUUAUGGUUCUGGAUUUGCUGGGUAGUAGUACCCUUCCUCCACCUCUUUCUGGGCUUGAGCUUCCUCCACAAUGGCAUGACUUCCUCUCUGAAUUUGAUGAUUUUGACUCCAUGGUCCCCCAACGCAUAUCCGACUUAGAAGCUGAACUUCCUAAUCCCAUCAGCUAUGACGUAAGCCUUCAAGAUGCAACGGUAGCCGGAGGAGAUUCAGCUAAUAGAAGGCUUGCAUCUUCCCAAACACCCCUCUUCCGUCUUGAGUCCACAAACUCUUCUCACUCAGACCCGUCUCAGAGCUCAGCAGGGGCACUUCCUUCAUCGCUCUUCUCUUUGUCUGGGAACAGCUCUCGUAAUGAAACCUCCCCUUCGCAGAUGGGAGGUUAUCUAGAUGAGGCUGUUUUUGACCACAUCAAUAUGUUGGAUCUAGAUAAUCUUGGUACAAUGGACCCUCAGAUGCUGGACGGUAUGCAAGGGGACAUGGACACUCCAUGGCCUGAGGAUUCAGACUCUGGCCUGUCUUUGGAGAGCAGUUCAAGGAGCCCCACAUCCCCGUCUACAUCAUCCGAUUCAUUUUGUGAGGAUGAAGGUGGAGCUACAGGCUAUAGCAGUGAAGUGGAGUCUCUUUUGUCAAAAGGCGGCGCUUGUGCAGCCGCUUACCGGGAUUGGUCGCUUGUAAACCUUGUAGAAAACAUCUGGCACGAUCAUACCUAUUCAACCCCACAGGCGCAAAAUUCUACACCAUCUAGCUGGUUCACAGCAAUCAAACAGGAAGUGAUGAGCGAAGAUGAGGCUGAACCAGAAGAGAUGAGUCGUGAUGAACAUCGGGUGCAGGCAUUAGGUCUUCCGUUUUCAGCCUUUCAGAUUGUCAACAUGCCUGUAGAAAACUUCCUGGAGCUGCUGGACAGCCAGAAUCUGUCAGGAUCACAAGUCACGCUCUUGCGUGAUGUGCGCAGACGAGGUAAAAACAAGCUUGCCGCGCAGAAUUGCCGCAAGAGGAAGCUGGAUGCGAUCCUGACCCUGCAGGAUGAGGUCGAGGGCCUGUCGGUGCAGCGGGAUGCUCUCCUGCGCCAGAGAUCCCACACAGCCAAAGCACUUUCUGCUGCUGCAGAGCGGUUCGAAACGCUCUCGCGGACUAUGUUGAGCCAACUUCGGGAUGAAUAUGGACAUCCUCUGAACCCUGAGCACUACACACUGCACUGCAGUGCUAACGGACGGGUGAUGGUUCAGCCUCGCACAAACACAACGUCAAGGACAAUGACAAGUAGCAAGACGGUGAAAAGAAAGAAGGACAAGAAACCCUAAAGACUUUUUGAGUGUGUGUGUGUGCAUGCGUGUUUGUGUUUGUGUUUGUGUUGACAUACAAAUAUUUCUAUGUUUUCUGAAAGGUGAGUUUUUAUGCUUGAGAAGAUAUUAUGGGGCAUUUCUGGCUCUUCUUUGUUCCUAAAAGCCAUUCGUAACUCAAGUGGAGGGCAGAAAGACUGUAAUAAAUAGUACACUUGGAGCAUGGGAGUAGCCUUGUUUAUUUGCAGGAGAGAAUGUACUGAAAACACUGGACGUUGUGUAUAGUAAGAGUGUGUAUAAAGAUUAUUUCUAAAGAGCACAUGUGAAAAUUAAAAUUCAUUUUGCUUUUUUUUUAACUGUUAAUUUAAAUGGCAAGUUACUAAGUAAAGAUUUUUUGCAUAUGGUCACUGGAGGACCAUGUUAAAAAGUGUGAUCAGUAUUCUUGCCGGAAUGAGCUUAAAAGGGCUUCUGAAGUUUUCUCACUCUCAUUUUGAUCCUAGUUUUUUGGGGGGGGAAAAAACGAAAGAAAAUAUUUAGAAAAAUGUCCAUAUGAUGAAAAUCAAUGGGGACCAAUGUUGUUGUCUUUUGCAGACAAGGUUUGGAACGACAUGAGGGUGAGUAAAAUUUUUGGGUAAACUAUCCCUCUAAACUAUCCCCACAGAAAUUACCUUAAUUUCAACUAUUUGUAGACAUUAGAAUCAAACACAACUUUGUGUUAAGCAGUUACCUUCAUAACCGUGUAUACGUUUUCCUCACCACUGAGAAAUAAAAUAUAUAUAUAAUAUGAUUUUGUGUCUAUGACAAACAGUUAUCACUCUGUUUAAACUUUUCCUGUACAUUUACAUUACUGUCACUUACAUUUGCAUUUUACAUUUAUGCACUUGCUUAACAAGGAACAAUUAUAAUGCAUUCAUUUUUAUUAAGGGGUUACGAGUUUGGAUUGCAGAUUUGUUUUCAGUUUGGUUUUCCUUUGGGUUGUUUUUUGCAAACAAAUUAAAUAUACCUUUAGAAGUGAUCAUCUUUGAAGUGAAUGUAAAAACGACAAAUAAAGUGGAAGUAAUUAAAUGAAAAUAUGGAAAUGGUGAGUUUUGUUCUACGUCACAGCACAGUUACACGAUUUGGAAAAGGCAAAUACUGCAUUGGUUUAAUGACAAAUUAAUUAGUGAAUUAGUGUGUAACGUAAAAUGGCCCAAACAAAUCCCAAACAUCUCAAAUGAACCUGUUUAUUUAUUUUCUUGGCAGAGCGGUUUGAUUUGUGUUUGUGAGUAGGAACUGCUUCUCUUUUCUUUUUUUUUUCUUUUUCUUUUUUUCAGUUUUCUAUUAAGUGUAUUUUUUAGCAAUUAUUUGUGUGUG